GGAUCCCGAUUUUGCAUUGGGGGAAAGGGGUUUGGGGGGGGUUUGAUGCAGUCAAGCUCACGGGGCUUGAUCUGGGGGAGGGUGUUUUUUAUUUUGGCGAUAGGGCGGGUAGUGGGGAAGGGUGGGAAAGGGAGGCGACAAUGCUUGAUCUGUCAUCCACUGCGUGGAAUGACAUCAGGGAGAAAGGGAACGAGGAGGUGGUGCAAGAGCUGGAGGUAUGUAGGCUGGAAUUGGCGGGAAAGUCAAUAGGCGAUUGCGAUUUGGGAGUGGCGGGAACGUCUAUCGGGGAUGUAUGUAAGCCAGAAUACGCGGGAAAGUCAAUACAGGAGCUCGAGACUGAGAAGACGAAAUACGAGGGCAUUCUACGGCAAAAUCUCGCUCUGCCUGAUAACGGGAUUAAGAUCAGGCAAAAGCUUGAAGACAUACGGGCGGCACUGACCUUCAAAAAAAGUCGGAAGCCCCAGGCUGACAAGGUCGAUCUCGAUGCGGACCCCCUGCGAGGAAAGAACGGACGGGACCUCUCACCGCUGGAGAGCAUCCCCAGUGCCGUUCAAGCGGUGUCUACUGGCUGCUUUGAGGCAGUCAAGGCUGCCCAGCUACAGGCUGAAGAAGCGGCAACAGUAGAGAAGCUGCAGCUACAGGCUGAAGCAGACGCAGAUACCCAGGCUCGCCAUAAGGAAGCCCAGGAUCUGCUGCUGCGGCAUGAAGCCAACAGCAUCGACAGACUCAAGUUCUGGCACUUUGAACCGAACGGCGACGAACCAACACCGGAAGAGAAGCAUAAGGAGUUAGUGGCCAAGCUCGUGACCAGGCUGGUUUACACAUGUAACCACCUGCAGUCCGAGCUGGCAAACCUUCAGCGGGCUGUGCGGAACCAUAAGACUCAACAUGAGGAUGCCACACGGGCACUGGACGCCCGUGUACUGGACCUGGAACAGGCUGUACCAGGACCAGCUGCUGGGGCUUCCAGCAGUGCAUCCUCUAGCCGCCAACUGGAGGAACGCGUUGACCACGUAGUGGCAAUGCUAGGAGACAUAAGUGCCUUCACAGAGCCGGCCACCAUCAGCCAGCGGUUCGAGUUGCUGGACACUAAGAUCAGUCAGCAACAGCAGACCGACCACAGCCACAACAACAGCUCGACAAGGCCAUACAAGAUGCCGACAUUCCAGAUCGAGAAAUUUGAUGACUACACACAUCAAGACCCGGUCGUCUGGUGGCAAGGAUUUACAACGGAGUUGGGGAUCCACGAGGUCCCUGACCAUCUGUUCAUCAGUGCUCUGUUCAUCAACACCAAGGGAGGAUGUCAGAUCUGGCUCAGCCACAUGGCAACCAUCCACGGUGUCCAGGUUUCAGACCUACACAAGAAGGUCUCCUGGGCGGAUAUGACAGAGGAAUGGAAGAAGCGAUUCAUUGUGGAUGACGCGCCUGCGCUCGCCAUCAACCCCAUCUUCGCGAUGGCUCAAGGGAGCACACCGACACGUGACUGGCUCACGGAUUGGCAGAAGAUCGUGGCCACACCCGAUCUGGACCUGCCAUUUCCGCAUUUGCGCCGUGACUCUACAACAGGUCAUGCGCCGCUCCGAGCCUCGCACUUGGUGAUCGCGAGCAGUACCACACUUUCGCAGAGAUCAUCAACAAGGCGAGAGAGAUCAUCAAGACCAACAGGUCAGCUGCACACGAGAAAUCAACAUGGCAGCCGACCUAUGUGGAGAAGGCACGAACUGGUCCGCGACAGCAGCACUUCGCUGCAGUCCAAUAGGAUAGUGGAGAUAACCCAACAGCCACUCCAGCAUCAAGUGACGGAGAUCAGGUGGCUGCUGUCCAGCCGCGAAGCAACAACAAGUCCCGCACCAACGGGAAGGCGAAAUCCGCAUCGCAGGCCGGAAAUGGACAGCCAGUACAAGUUCCAUGGGUCAAGUUCGCUCGGGAAACUGAGCUCCGCGGAAGGUGAGGUGACUCCACCUUCCACUCCGCCGGAUUCGGCCGCCUUGCUAGCAGCCUCCUGCACAUCUGGGGAGGACGCGAAUGUCGCAAGUUCUCGUUACUCUUACGAGGACUAUGCUGUCUACUUGGUUCCACCGCUGGMCCAGCCGCUCCACGUGCAACAGUCCACCGCAUGCACGKUUUCAUCACCAUCGGCAACCGAUUCGGCACCUUCGCCGCAAUCUAUCGUCGGGGAUUCGACGUCAUGGUCAAGACUUGAUGAGCUCGACCCGUUGACGUUCACGGACUUCCAGUGGAUGCCCGUUCCCUCGACCGGACGAUUGCCGAAACCGCAUUGCAAUGUGCUCAUGGCACAACUACGGGACUACUUGCACACUGCAGUACCAGCUCCGUUGAUGGACGACGGAGUAGAGGUUGUCAACCUUCACGAGUACAUCGCGAAGAUUGACCGCGAGUUCAAGACGCAACGUUCCUUGAUCGAUUGCGGAGCAUCUCGCAACUACAUCAGCCAGGACUUCAUGGUGCGCGCCGGCCUUGGCCCACGUGUCCGGAGGAAGUCCCAGCCUACGCAAGUCACGUUGGCAGACGGUCAUACGCACAAGUCAAUCGACCGGUGCAUUGACGCCGUCCCCGUGUACUUUGCCCCUCACGCAAGUGAGGCGGUGUCCUUUGACAUUCUGGACACCAAAUUUGACAUGAUCUUGGGCAUGUCAUGGCUGCGAAGCGAGGAUCACCCGGUGAACUUCUUCAACCGCUCCGUUCACAUUCGUGAUCGGGACGGAGUACUAGUUCCAUGCACGGUGCCUCUUCCUCAUCCUUCUAUCAACUGCCACAUGGUAUCCGCCGCAAGCAUGCGAGCAUCCAUCAUCAGAGACGACAUCGAGGAGAUGGGGGUAUGUUUUCUCCACGCCCUCCCGCCCCGAGACGCUUCAUGGACGGACUCAUCUUCGGAUCCACGCAUCACCGAGCUGGACGCUUACAGCGACGUGAUCGAAGGCCCGCACGUAGUAGUACCGGAUCGGCCCAUCCGCCACGAGAUCAUCCUCGAGGACGGGGCCGUACCUCCGCGCGGCUGCAUCUAUCGAAUGAGCGAGGAAGAGUUAAGUGUGCUUCGGGCACAACUUGACGACCUUUUAGGGAAAGGUUGGAUUCGGCCUAGCUCAUCGCCAUACGGUGCUCCUGUUCUCUUCGUCCGGAAGAAGAACAAGGAUUUGCGGUUGUGCAUCGAUUAUCGCAAGCUCAACGCGCAAACGAUCAGGAACGCCGGCCCUCUCCCACGCAUCGACGAUCUUCUCGAGCGAUUGGGCGGCGCCCAGUUCUUCUCUAAGUUGGAUCUCAAGUUAGGGCACCACCAACUCGAGAUUCGCAAGGAGGAUCGCUACAAGACCGUGUUCAAGACUCGGUAUGGGCAUUUCGAAUGGCUGGUCAUGCCAUUUGGCCUUACGAAUGCCCCAACCACUUUCCAAGCAGCUAUGACGACGGAGUUCCGACACAUGCUGAAUCGUUUCGUACUUAUAUACCUCGACGACAUUCGGGUUUACAGCCGGAGUCUGGACGAGCAUGUGGAACACCUGGGCACCGUUUUGGAGCGGCUACGACAAGCCAAGUACAAAGCAAACGCGACAACAGAUGCACUCUCGCGAAGACCCGAUCUUUGCGCUAUGACACAUCAUGCCUUCGCAUUCGACGAGGAGCUUAAGCGACACUUCAUCCGGGCAUAUCAGUCUGAUCCGGACUUCGGCACGCUCUAUGCACAACUAUCUUCGGAUCACCCGCCGGCCAGCCAUUACCGCAUUGCCGACGUGUACUUGCUCCUCCACUCGAGAGGCAAGGACUUACUAUGUGUCCCACGCGACCGUCGUCUUCGGACUCGCCUCCUCGGCGAGUACCAUGAUUCACGACUCGCCGGCCAUUUCGGAGUCAACCGCACUAUUGCACGACUUCGACAGCGAUUUCGAUGGCCCGACCUCAUUACCGAUGUCACUCGGUAUUGCGACUCUUGCGAAGUUUGCCGGCGCAUCAAGCCCCCCAACCGCAAUCCCUACGGCGAGUUACACCCGAUGCCUAUCCCACGGGAACCCGGUCUCUCCAUUGCCAUGGACGUCACCGGUUCGUUUCCUCGUGACCGGCUCGGGCACGACGGCAUCCUCACGGUUGUGGACCGAUUGAGUAAGUACGCGCGUUUUCUCCCUUGCAAGUACUACUCCACGGCUCCCGAGCUGGCACGCCUCCUGCACACUGGUUGGCUUUGUGGCCACGGCGUACCAGAAGACAUUGUCAACGACCCCGACACUCGUUUCAUGUCGGCGUUUUGGAUUGCUCUCAUGCAGGAGUCCGGCACAACAAUGAAACCAAGUUCGGCUCGACAUCCUCAGACGGACGGGCAGACGGAGCGGGCACAUCAAACCGCCCAAAUGAUGCUUCGUACGCUCAUUCGGCCGGACCAGAAUGAUUGGGUUGACUGCCUCCCCGACAUCGAGUUCGCCUACAACAGUUGGGUGCACCCGGCGAUCGGCGUGACUCCAUUCGAGUUGCACCACGGUGGACGGAAAGGCCGCAUCUUCGCCGACCUUCUCCUCCCUCGACCAGCCGACAUUGACGCCGCUGGCUCCCCCGCUUCCGUUCGGAAGUACAGGGACUUGCUGACUCAAGCCCGCACAAAUAUGCAAAAGGCUCAAGUUCGCAUGCAGCAGCAAGCCAACAGGCGUCGCGUACCAUGUCCCAUCCGUGCCGGUGAUCUGGUUUGGGUCUCCGCGGAAGAGUUUGCACUGGAACAGGAUGUUUCACGCAAACUGCUUCCCAAGUGGUUUGGACCUUGGUCUGUGACAGCAGCCGCGGGCGAUGAGCCCGAUGGCCCUUCAUUUGUGAUCAACAUUCCAGAGCAUCUGACGGUCCAUCCGGUCUUCCACACCUCGAAGCUGGCAACAUACACGCCAGCCAAGAGCGACGAUUUUCCGGGCCGACGAUCGCAGGACCCUCCUUCUAUGGAUGGUAAUGAGGAAGUUGACCGCGUCAUCACCGAUCGCAAGUACGGCAGCAAGCCGCGGCAGUACAAAGUCACAUUCAAAGCAUGCGAUCGCGAUGACACUCGGUGGAUUUCAGGAGCAGAUUUGAAAGCAUCUGCACCGCUGAUCUACRCUCASUAYGARCGWCAAMGGUUAGCSAAGGGACCUCCACGACCUGCCCCUCCCACCCGGACUGUGGUCCCUCCCUCAGACAGACAGCUUCGCCCUSGCAGGAAUGCAGACAACAAGACCUCAACAAGCUAUCAGGUUGAUUCCCGCCUUCACUGCCCUGAUGCUGCAAAGAGGACUCCUGAGAGGAGGGCCAAUGGGGAGAGAAGGCGAGUGGAAGGUUUCUGCACACUGGCAAGGCAAGGAUUUUCUUCAGUCCGGCCAAACAGGAGCAUGUCAUCGGCAGCACCUGCAUUUUCAAGAAGGCAAUCAUGUUCACUUGGGACUUACGAGGGAGCUAGGCCUAACAAGAAACACCGGAUGGGAAACAGCAGCAAGACCUCCUUGGAGGAUGGGGAGUCAAGAUUGGUGACUACACGGUCAAGGACAGCAAGCUCAAGGAUGGGGUCAAAGUCAAUGGCUGGAGUCGAUUGUGUGGGUUCAGAGCUUGCACCUAUGGACCUGUCUUCGGAGGAUGAGCGCGAUGGAGAACUGCUGAGGAAGGAUGAGACGGAAAGAUUGCGUUGUUCGGAGACUUGGUCAUUACGGAGGUUUCAAGGGAUGAGGAUCUCGUAUCCAGGCCGGUCUGAUCCAGAUUCUGUGGAGAUCCGGCAUGAUGACUUGAAACGUCUUGGGCCUCAAGAGUUUUUGAAUGAUACCAUCAUUGACUUCUAUGUAAGGUAUAUGCAGAGGACUGAUCUGGUUGCUGACUUCGAAGACAAGGAUUUUGUGUUGAUUUCACCGGAAAGGCAGCGGGAAGGACAGCUUUCAUACCCCGCCUAAAACAAAAGUUGGAACGAGCC